AACCUUUGUCGUAUUUGAAUAUGAAGCCUACCAGUUCUUGCAACAGUGACUUUUGUACAUAUGGAGGCUUCUUGCUUUCUGGAGUCACACAGAGUUGUGAUAGUGUCUUUGGAAGAUUUGUUGACUUUGAGAUAUUUCUACCUGGCAGGUUUAAGAUUGACCAAAAAAGCAUAGUAGCUUCUGGCGAAUGGGUUUAUCUGACUUCUCAGAAAAUUGUAGACUCAAAACCGUAGCCUCGAUUGUUGGAGAAAAAGUAGAAAUAGGGAGAAGUCUUUAACGUUGCGCAGAUAUUACACAGCUGGUUAUUCCUAAAGAGUUCACCUAUGAUUUUUCAGUAGAACGACUUGCAGGCAAAAUCUCCAGAAUUUUGUUGUGACGAGAGUUUAUUAAGAAUUGGCAUAGUCUCAUUGAAGGUUUUGGUGAAAAUAGUUUCAACUUUCGACCCAAGCAGAUUGUUCUCUCAGCCGCAGGUGGUCUAGAGAAGAGCAUAGAUCUGUACCUCACCGCGAUGUUUUCAAGUAUUGUAGGGUUCCCCUUCAGUAUAUUGAAAACAUUGCUCUAUGGUUAAAUGAUGUUAAGAGUACCUCGCAAGUAACUUCACUUUACUUGAAAAUGUUACUUUUUAUGAAUGUAGAUAUAUUCUAGAUGAGAUGCCCAGUUUUAAUGCAUGCAUCAAGCUAUGAUUCUUUGAAUGGCGCUCCUCUUCAAAAAUAUUAUAUAUUUUGACCUGAAAACGAGGAAAUACAAAAAACAUUUGGCUCGACUUUUUUUGGUUUUACACGAAAAUGGAAGUGAUGAGUACAAUAAGAAACUGUUCUCUUUUUAUAUCAAUCUCUCUGUUAACUUUGGUAGUUUUCUUGCAGAAUUCUUAUCGCUUGCUCGCAAUAUCGUGAAUUUGAAGAUAAAUUUGCCGGUAGUUUA